AUGGCUCCCCUAGGCGAGGUCGGGGGCUUCCUGGGCGGCCUGGAGGGCCUGGGCCAGCAGGUGGGCUCGCACUUCCUGCUGCCCCCCGCGGGGGAGCGGCCGCCCCUCGCUCUGGAAUUCCUGGAGAAUCGCAGCUCUGAAAGGCCCUCUUAUCUUGUCCUCGCCCCUUGUUCCUCUACUUCUGUUCCUUUUUGUCCACUUGUAAGACUCAUUAAAACUUUGGCGAAGUAUAAAUCUCAGUUUGAAGGACAUUGUAUCCUGGAAUUCAUCAGUGUGGCAGUGGGACUGGUCAGUAUUAGAGGUGUGGACAGUGGUCUUUACCUUGGAAUGAAUGACAAAGGAGAACUAUAUGGAUCAGAGAAACUGACUUCUGAAUGCAUUUUUAGGGAGCAAUUUGAAGAGAACUGGUAUAAUACCUAUUCAUCCAACAUCUAUAAACAUGGAGACACUGGCCGCAGGUAUUUUGUGGCGCUUAACAAAGAUGGAACUCCAAGAGAUGGUUCCAGGUCCAAAAGACAUCAGAAAUUUACACAUUUCCUUCCUAGACCUGUAGAUCCAGAAAGAGUCCCAGAAUUGUACAAGGACCUACUGAUAUACAGUUGAAAUGUGAUAAUGUCUUUACAGGAACACCAAAGCACAACCAUUCUUUCUUAUCACAAUUUCCAUGGCAAAAGUAAUAACCCAGGAAGACAUUCAGAAUGUUAUGGAGUCUAUUUUCCACUGAGAGACUGAAUUUGGAAAGAAUACUGAGUAAAAACUACAACAAGCAAUUUUUUUCUACUCGAAGUAGAUCAAGAUCACUCUUUAUAAGUGGAUGAAGUUCCCUUAGAUA